AUGGCUGAGUUUAUGCCUAUUCGUCAACGUAAAAUUCAUUCUGUUCGCUCUGGAAUAAACGAACGUAAUUGUAAAGAACUGUUAAGGUUCAACAGUGAGAGUGUUGAUUUCCUUGCGGCACAGUUUCUUGAAGAAAGUGGUACUCGUGGCGGUGGUAUUUCCAGAAGACAACAAAUGGAAAUAUUUGUGAGGUUUUUGGGUGAUUCCGGCUUUCAGUCUGGUGUAGCUCAAGAUGUGGGUGUACAUCGUACUACUGCUUACAAGACUAUAAGGUACGUGAUGAGUAGAGUAGUCGAACAAUCAAAUAAUUGGAUACGGUUUCCAACUACAGCUGAAGAUAUGACCGAGGCUAAAGUUUUGUGGCAGAGACAUUUUCGUUUGCCGUCUGUAAUUGGUUUCCUUGAUUGUACUCAAAUUGAGAUACAAGAGCCUGGGCUGCACGGUGAUGAGGAUAUUUGUAUAAAUGUCCAGGCAACAUGCAAUGCAUUGAAACAGUUUACAAGUAUUAGUGCGGAGUGGCCCGGCAGUUUCACGACGGCAGAGUGUGGAGGAAUAGUCAUGUCAGACAUCGUGUCACAGUAUGAUGGAGCAAUUCGUCUUUUAGGAGAUUCAGGAUACGGUUUAUCGCCGUGGUUGAUUACACCGUUCAACGCCACCGUUGAUUACACCACGAACGCAUCAAGAACGAGAGUUCAAUCUAAUCCAUACUAA